AUGAAUCGACUAUUUUUUUUUGCUUUUACUCUUAUAUCUAUAGUUAUAUGCAGUAAAGCCAACCGUUUAUAUGUUAAUGAUAAAUUAGUCCGUUUAGAACCAUUAAUUGAUCAACAUAUAAAAUAUCUCCGAGAUCUUGAAACAAAUACUGCACUCGAUUUUUGGACUGAAAUUACAGCACCACAUAAACCAGUUGAUGUUCAUAUAAAAGCAAAUGAAUUUAAUCAAUAUGUUUCACAAUUUGUACAACAUUCAUUGCCAUUUAAUGUUCUUAUUGAUGAUUUACAAGCAAUUAUUGAUAAUGAACAGCAAGAAAUUGCAAGAGAUUAUUUAAUGAGACAAAUGAAAAGUCGUUGGCUUGGACAAACUAGAGUAGAUAUUGUUGGAGCAUAUGCUAGUUAUGAUGAUAUUUUAACAUUUAUGCAAGAUAAAGCAAAUGCUGAUCCAACACAUAUUAAAGUUACUAACAUGGGCAACACUUAUGAGAACCGACAAUUAAAAGUUAUUUCAAUACAAUUUAAUCCAUCAUCAACUCGAAAUAUUUGGUUCGAUUGUGGUAUUCAUGCAAGAGAAUGGAUUUCACCAGCUACAUGUGUUUGGAUGGUUGAUAAAUUAAUUGAAGAAUAUAAGAAAAAUGACCCUAAAAUUCGAGAAUUACUCAAUUAUUGGACUGUUUAUGUUGCUCCAGUACUUAAUCCUGAUGGAUAUGAAUUUAGUCGAAGUAGUACUCGGUUAUGGCGUAAGAAUCGUAAAAACAAUAAUUUUGUUGGUUGUUAUGGUGUUGAUCUCAAUCGUAAUUAUCGAACGCAAUGGAUGACAGGUUCAUCACUUGAAAGCGAAAUUGAAACAAAAAAUGUGGCUAAUUUUCUUAAUUCAAAAAUAGGUACAUGGGAUCUGUAUAUGUCUUUUCAUUCAUAUGGACAAUUGUGGUUGACACCGUAUGGUUAUUCAACUAAACUUCCACCUGAUCAUCAAAAACAUUUAGCAGCAGGAAAAAAAGGUGCAGAUGCUAUUAAAGGAGUUACUGGUCAUAGGGUGUAUACAGUUGGUAGUAUUUCUAAUGUGUUAUAUAUUGCUAGUGGUAGUACUGUUGAUUGGGCUUAUGAUGAUUUAGGUAUUCGUCAUUCAUAUACAGUUGAACUUCCACCAUCACAACAGGAAUCAGGAACUGGUUUUGUUUUACCACCACAGCAAGCACCUGGUGUGUGCCAUGAAACAUAUGUUGGUAUGAAAGCAUUUUUGGAAGACGUUAAGAAAGAUGUUACUGAAACAUAA